GGCAUCCACAAAGUCUGUUUGUCUGAACUGGUAAGGGACACUAGACCAGGAAAGCAGGAUGCCUGAACCGACUAAAAAAACAGUAUCUGCCUUCGCCAAGAAACCAAAAAAUCAUACUGCUGAGGUUGGGGCCACGGUGAUAUUCGAAGCACAGACGGAGAAGGAAGACGCUAAAGUAAGAUGGCAACGGGAGGCCAAAGACAUCACAGGAGGCGAUAAAUAUAUCAUAUCAUCAGAAGGCAACAAGCACACACUCACCAUAAGCAAUGCUGCGCCUGAAGAUGCAGCAGGAUAUGCGGUCAUAUCUGGAAGCUCAAAAGUCAAAUUUGAGCUUAAGAUUCAACAAGCAGAGGUCAAAGCAAAACCAAAGGCAGCAGAGGUUAAAGCCCCAGCAGCCACAGAGACCCCACCUGAAGCAGCGCCCCCUGUUGUUGCUCCAGCAGAUGCUCCAGCAGCUGCCCCCACUCCCUCUGAACCUCCGGCCCAAACGCCAGACACCAGCGAUCAUGCCUCAGACCAUCACAAUGGAGCUCACGAUGAAAACCAGCAUCCUGAUACGAGGCAGGACCUUACCGGACUCUUUUCAGAAAAGCCUCAGAGUGGAGAGGUGACUGUCGGGGAGAACAUCACCUUUGUGGCAAAAGUGUGCGGCGAGUCCCUUUUGAAGAAGCCCACAGUCAGAUGGUUCAAAGGAAAAUGGAUGGACUUGGCCAGCAAGUCAGGAAAACACCUCCAGCUGAAAGAGCACUAUGACCGCAACACCAAGGUGUAUACCUUUGAGAUGCUCAUCAUUGCAGCCAAAGCUAAUUUUGCCGGAGGAUAUCGAUGUGAAGUGUCAUCCAGGGACAAGUUUGACAGCUGUAAUUUUGAGUUGGCUGUCCAUGAGGCUCAAACAGUAGAGGGGUUCGAUAUUCGUGCCGCAUUCAGACGCACGAGCAUAACUCCAGGCGGUAAGAAGAGGAUGUCAGCAACGGGCAGUAGCACAGACGCAGGCGAUGCAGGAGAGCUGGACUUCAGCGGUUUACUGAAGAAAAGCAUGGUCCACGUGAGCCAUGAGCCCGAUGUGGAUGUCUGGGAUAUCCUGAGUAAGGCCCCGCCCACUGAGUAUGAGAAGAUCGCCUUCCAGUACGGCAUUACAGAUCUAAGGGGCAUGCUUAAGAGAUUGAAGAAGAUGAAAAAGGAAGAGAAAAAGAGUGCAGCAUUCCUCACCAAACUUGACCAAGCCUACCAGGUUGAAAAGGGACACAAGAUCAAGCUGCAGGUCGAGGUGGCCAAUCCUGAUGCCGAGGUAAAAUGGCUGAAAAAUGGGCAGGAGAUUCAAAGAACAGGAAGCAAGUACAUCUUUGAGAGCGUAGGGAACAAACGCUUCCUCACGAUCAACAACUGUUCUCUGGCUGAUGACGCAGCAUACACCUGCAUCGUGGGAGAAGAAAAAAGCUUUACCGAGCUCUUUGUGAAAGAGCCUCCUGUUCUGAUUCUGCAUAAUCUUGAGGAUCAGAUGGCAAUGAAGGGAGACAGAGUAGAAUUUGAGUGUGAGGUCUCUGAGGAAGGGGCUCAUGUCAAGUGGGAAAAAGAUGGAGUGGAGCUUACUCGAGAUGAAUCAUUCAAGUAUCGCUUCAAAAAAGAUGGCUGCAAACACACGCUCAUCAUCAAUGAUGUUACCAAAGAGGACGCCGGCCACUACCGAGUGAAGACCAACGGAGGACAAUCUGUCGCCGAGCUCUUGGUGCAGGAAAAGCAGCUGGAGGUGUAUCAGAACAUUGCUGACUUGACUGUGAAAGCUAAAGAAGAGGCCGUUUUUAAGUGUGAGGUCUCUGAUGAGAAUGUCAAAGGAACCUGGUACAAAAAUGGAGUGGUGGUGAAGCCUGAUGCUAGAACCCACAUCACACACAUUGGCCGAAUUCACAAACUCGCUAUCGAUGAUGUGCGUCCGGAGGAUGAAGGCGACUACACCUUUAUCCCUGAUGGUUACGCCUUUAACCUUUCUGCCAAACUGAACUUCUUGGAGGUCAAGAUCGACUAUGUGCCACGCCAAGAUCCCCCCAAGAUCCAUUUGGACUGCCUUGGUCAAACUACAGAUUCCACUAUUUUGGUUGUAGCUGGAAACAAGCUGCGACUGGAUGUGCCAAUCACUGGAGACCCUGCCCCCACAGUCGUUUGGAUAAAGUCAAAUAAGGAUAAAUCUAAAAACCCACCGGGAGAAAAGAAAGGAGAACCAGCCUUCCUCUGGACUUUGAAGGAUGGUGAAGUCCUGACAGAUGCAAGUGGGCGUGUCCAUGUGGAAAGUGCAAAAGGACACUGUAUCCUGACUCUUGAAGGGGCAGAGCGCCAGGAUGAAGGCGUGUACUCCGUGAUUGUGCGAAACCCGGCAGGGGAGGAUACAGCUGAUAUUCAUGUGAAAGUUGUUGAUGUACCAGAUCCACCUCAAGCUCCCAGAAUCCUCAGUGUUGGGGAAGACUCAUGUAUAGUCGAGUGGGACCCUCCGCUGUUUGACGGUGGCCAGCCAAUUUUGGGUUAUGUCCUGGAGAGAAAGAAGAAAAAGAGCUACAGGUGGAUGCGGCUGAACUUUGACCCCUACAAGGACACCACAUAUGAAGCUAAGAGGAUGAUUGAGGGAAUGGCUUAUGAGAUGAGGGUCCACGCCGUGAACAGUAUUGGGAUGUCACGGCCCAGUCCUGCCUCCCAGCCUUUCGUGCCUGUUGCCCCUUCCAGUGAGCCCAUCGGUCUGUGUGUGGACGACAUCAGCGACACCACCAUCUGUCUGAAAUGGAGGACUCCGGAGAGAAUCGGCUCUGCCCCUAUAGACGGCUACGGGGUUGAAUACUGCAAGGAAGGCACUGAAGAAUGGGUUCCUGCAUUCGAGGGUCUUACAGAGAGGAACUCCGUGAUCAUCCGUGACCUGCCUACUGGAGAGAAGAUGCAGUUCCGUGUACGGGCAUAUAAUGUGGCUGGCCCCAGUCCUCCUGCCACUCUGCAACAGGCUGUUACAAUCCGCGAGAUCAUGCAGCGUCCAAAAAUUUGGAUCCCACGCAGUCUUCGCCAGACCCUCAUCAAGAGAGUAGGAGAGACUGUUAACAUUGUGAUCCCGUUUCAGGGAAAACCAAGGCCAAAAGUUACCUGGACGAAAGACGGCGAGCCUCUUGACUCGAAGCAAGUGAGCGUGAGAAACAGUGAGACCGACAGCAUUUUCUUUAUCAGGAAGACAGAGCGCAAAGACUCUGGGAAGUAUGAGCUCCAGGUGCAGAUUGAGAAUGUGGAAGACAAGGCCUCUGUGACCAUUCAGGUUGUAGACCUCCCUAGUCCUCCCCAAAACUUAAAGGUUGUGGAUAUAUGGGGCUUCAAUGUGGCGCUGGAAUGGAAACCACCCAAAGACGAUGGCAACUGUGACAUCACUGGCUACACAAUCCAGAAAGCUGACAAGAAAACCUUGGAAUGGUACACAGUUUAUGAGCAGUAUCGGCGCACUAACUGUGUGGUGUCUGACUUGAUCAUGGGGAACGAGUAUGUGUUCCGAGUGUUCUCUAUGAACAUGGUGGGCCUGAGUCCAGAGCCAUGUGACUCUAAAGAAAGUGCAUAUAUCCAGAAAACAGGCAUGGACUAUAAGCCACCCUCCUACAAAGCUCAUGAUUUCUCAGAGGCACCUAAGUUCACACACCCGCUUGUGAGCCGCUCAGUCAUCUCAGGGUACAAUGCCACCCUCAGCUGUGCUGUAAGAGGCAUCCCUAAACCCAAAAUAACAUGGUACAAGAACAAGAUGGACAUCACGAACGAAGCCAAAUACCGCAUGCUCAGCAAGCAGGGUAUUUUGACUCUGGAGAUUAGAAAGCCGUGUCCAUUCGAUGGAGGUGUGUACAUGUGUAAAGCUGUUAAUGACAGUGGAGAGGACACUGUGGAGUGCAAGCUGGAGGUUCGCCCUCAAAUUACCAAAGAGGAGACAAAGAAGUGAGUGUAGACACGUUGGGGACUCAGUUACCCCUCCAGGCUUCCCGAUGAGCUCAGGACAAGUCAGAGGUUACAGUACAGAGCAGAAAGAGUCCAUUGUUUGUUCGUGUUCACUCAACUUUAUACACAUACUCAAAAUUUCUAAGUAACGUCUGCCGGAAAUGCAUUCUUUCAACAUUUCACUCAUUCGUGUUUGCUGCUUGUGGCUUGUGUUCAUUUCAUUUCAUUUGUUUGAGGUAAAGAUAGGAGGAGUGGUUAUCAUAAUCUUCACUGUUAUAGUUCAAGUGGUGUUUUACCUCUUGCACUUUGAAAUGUAUUGUAAUGUAAUUUAACAAAAAAAUAAAUAAAUAUUUUGAUUGAU